UUUGCGUAUAUUCUUGAAUACUCCAUGCAUUUUCUUCCAACAUUUUCACCCACUUUUCUUAAUCUUCGAAUAGCCUCUGAAUUCUGUUAUUUGGAUAUGAGCUACUACUCUUUCUUCAGUUUUAAUAUGUUAUUGAAUUAGGGUUCUUCAAUCUACCUGCAUUUGAUGCGGUAGAGAUUUUGGAAGCUUUGGCGAAUUUUUAAUUUGCUUUACACUCUGACUAGUGUGCGUAGUAGUCGGAAGUAUGGUGAAGGAUACUCGAUCCAGUGUCAGAGAGAGGAAUGAGGAAAACAAUAAUCUAAAAGGGAAACAAAAUGGUGAGAAGGCUCCAGCAAGAGCGGGCUCUACAACACCAGAUUCAUCUGCUUUAAGGAGGUCUGCAAGAGAAGCAUCAUUGAAGAAAAUAAUCAUUGUGACCCCUUCCAAAUCUAGAAAAUCUGAUCGACUUGACAAGCAUUCACCUCGCACUCGUAGCGAUAAAAAGAAACAUGGUACCAUUGUUCAAAAGGACAUGCUUAAUCCGCUUAGAAGAUCUGAGAGGGUUAAAAAGCAGUCUUCAUCUACCUCUUCAGGUUCUGGAUCAAAGAAAUUAGUUAAAAGUUCAUCUACCUCUUCAGGAUCUGUAUCUAAGAAAUCAGAUAAAAGCUCAGGCUCACCAUAUACGAAGGAAAAAAAGGAGAAGAAAGAGAAGAGUAUUGAACAGUUAAUUCUUGACCCUAGAGAGGCUGGAAAAUCGCCAAAACAAGACGAGGUUUCACAAAAUGCCAAAGAUAAGAGAAUGGAUGCUCGUGCUUAUAGGGCAUUGUUUAGGGAAAAACUUAAGACAGGAAAUGUAGACUGUCGAGAGCAGGCGAAGAUGCCAAAAAGCAACGAUCAUUGUGGUAGCAAUAGUUGCAAGGAAGACUUGAAUCAGAGCAGCAAGUACAGUGAGAAGAGCAAAGAACUGAGAAGCAGUUGUCUAGAGAAAUCCUCUACUAGAGAUUUGGAUGACUCUAAUGAGAUUGAUACUAAAGAAUUGAGAAGUAAAUGUCUAGAGGAAUCGUCUACUGUUUAUUUGGAUGACCAUCCUGAAACUAGAAGUAAAACUUCGGAGGAAGUAUUGAAAAAUGACAGUGAAUUGGAUUUCUUCCUGUCAAGCCAGAAGUCCUCUGAGGAAGAAGUGCUUACUAAACUGUCAAAUGAAGAUAGUGGUACUGUACAUGCAGUCAACGAUGCAGAUAAGAAAUUGGAAGCAUUAGAGAGAUCCAAUUCUAUGCUUGAAGAAAAGAUAGUCGAUGACUUUAUUGACUCAAAUGGUGGAUGUAAAUUAAUUUCUUUGAAAAGAAAAAGAAGCAUGCUGCACUUAGAUUCUAAUGUCUCAGUAAGGAAUGGAAGUGAAAGUACAUGCUCUUCACCUACUGAAGCGGUCCAGUUAUUAUCGUCUCCAUGUAGACAGAGUGAUCAAGUUGGGACGUGUGGUGAUCAAGUUGGGACGUGUGGUGAUCAAGUUGGGACGUGUGGUGAUCAAGUUGGGACGUGUGGUGAUCAAGUUGGGACUUGUGGUGAUCAAGUUGGGACGUGUGGUGAUCAAGUUGGGACUUGUGGUGAUCAAGUUGGGACUUGUGGUGAUCAGGUUGGGACUUGUGGGGAUCAAGUUGGGACUUGUGGGGAUCAAGUUGAGACUUGUGGGGAUCAAGUUGAGACUUGUGGGGAUCAAGUUGAGACUUGUGGUGAUCAAGUUGAGACUUGUGGUGAUCAGGUUGAGACUUGUGGUGAUCAAGUUGAGACUUGUGGCAAAUGUUUGAAGAGACAAAGGUUAGGAAAUGAUUCAUUGAAAGACUUUUGCUCUUGUGUGGAAAUAGAUCAGCAGCAGAAUGAAACAAUAUCUAUUGAUGUGGAUAGAGGGAAGUCCAUGGGCAAUUCCAUCUCAGAUCCUACUGGAAAUUGUGUUUGGUGUAAGCUGGAAAAAGCAUCCUUGGACAUCGACCCAAAUGCAUGCCUCAUCUGCAAAGUUGGGGGAAAACUCUUAUGCUGUGAAGGAAAAGAAUGCAGAAGAAGCUUCCAUCUUUCUUGUCUAGAUCCUCCCUUGGAGGAUGUUCCCCUUGGAGUUUGGCACUGUCCAAUGUGUAUUAGAAGGAAGAUCAAGUUCGGUGUAUAUGCUGUGUCAAAGGGCUUCGAAUCCAUCUGGGAUACAAGAGAAACAGAGAUAUCGGAUGCCGAUGGGUCGCAAAGGCAGAAGCAAUAUUUUGUGAAAUUUAAAGAUCUUGCUCAUGCUCAUAAUCGUUGGUUACCUGAGAGCAAAUUGCUUUUAGAAGCCUCAAGCCUUGUUUCAAGAUUCAUCAAGAAGAAUCAGUAUUCAAGGUGGAAGGAAGAGUGGGCUAUUCCACAGCGUUUGUUACAGAAGAGAUUGUUAUUGUCUGCUAAGCUAUGCGAGGAGCAUGAUGCGGAAUUUUCUGGGGCUGAGUUGAAUUGUCGAUAUGAGUGGCUUGUUAAAUGGCGAGGCCUUGAUUACAAAUUUGCAACAUGGGAGUUGGGAAAUGCUUCAUUCUUAAGUUCACUUGAUGGCCAAGGUCUUAUGAAAAAUUAUGAAAGCCGCUGUGAAAGAGCUAAGUUGGCCUCCCAUGUCUCAGAAGUGGAUGAGAAACACGAGUUGCAGAUACUGCAUAGGAAAAGAACUGCUGUGGCUAAUCUGUCACAGUUUACAGAUAAGGAUACAUGUGGCUUUAAUGAUAAUUAUAUAAGCUAUGUCAACAAGCUUUAUCAGUUUUGGCACGAGGGGAAAAAUGCUGUUGUGAUUGAUAACCAGGAUCGCAUGGCAAAGAUUAUUGCAUUCAUUUUAACUUUGCAACCUGAUGUCCUCCGACCCUUUCUCGUUAUCACAACUUCUACAGCCCUUGGUCUAUGGGAUUCUGAGUUAUUACGUUUUGCUCCAUCUUUCAAUGCUGUAGUUUACAAGGGAAACAAAAAUGUACGGAAAAAUAUAAGAGAUCUAGAGUUUUACCAGGGAAGUUACCCGAUGUUUCAAGCUCUUAUUUGCUCCUUGGAAGUAAUGAUGGAGGAUCUAGAUAUAUUGCAACGUAUAAGUUGGGAAGUAAUAAUUGUUGAUGAGUGUCAACGCCCAAUAAUUUGUUCACAUCUUGAAAAAAUAAAGAUGCUAGAUGGAAAUAUGUGGCUGCUCGUUCUUUCUGAUCAGCUAAAGGAUAUCAAAGAUGAUUACCAUAAUCUUCUAUCUGUACUUGACGUGAAUGACCAAGUCGAAAAUAAAGAUACUCUGAAGACCAAUGGCGAUGAUAACAUCAGCAAACUUAAGGAGAGAUUAUCAUAUCAUAUUGCAUAUAUUAGCACUUCUAGAUUUGUUGAGUAUUGGGUUCCUGCACGGAUAUCAAAUGUGCAACUUGAGCUUUAUUGUGCCGCCCUACUUUCUAACUCUGGAUUGCUUUGCUCAUCAUUCAAAAGUGAUCUGCUUGACAACAUCCAUGAUCUGCUCAUUUCAACUAGGAAGUGUUGUAAUCAUCCUUAUAUUGUGGAUUCUUCAAUGGGACAUGUGAUCACGAAGGGGCAUCCAGAAGUGGAGUAUUUGGGUAUUGGAAUAAAAGCAAGUGGUAAGUUACAACUUCUUGAUGCAAUGCUAAAGGAGAUGAAAAAAAAGGGCUCAAGGGUCCUAAUUCUUUUCCAGUCAAUUAGUGGCUCUGGAAGAGACACCAUUGGUGAUAUUUUGGAUGACUUUUUACGUCAGAGGUUUGGGCCUGAUUCUUAUGAACGCAUUGACGGGGGUCUUAUUUAUUCCAAGAAGCAAGCUGCUCUGAACAAAUUUAACAACCUAGAGAGUGGAAGAUUUUUGUUUCUGCUAGAAGUUCGAGCGUGCCUCCCCAGUAUUAAACUUUCGUCAAUUGAUAGCAUUGUCAUUUAUGAUAGUGACUGGACCCCGAUGAAUGAUUUAAGAGCCCUUCAAAGAAUUACACUAGAUUCUCAUUUGGACCAAAUAAAAAUUUUCCGUUUAUAUACAUCUUGUACCGUUGAGGAAAAGGUUCUUAUGCUGUCCUUGGAAAAUAAAACUUUGGACGGCAAUUUACAGAACAUCAGCUGGAGUUGUGCUAAUAUGCUGCUUAUGUGGGGAGCAUCUGAUUUACUCGCCGAUUUAGAGAAGUUUCAUGGCAAAGAAAAAACUGAAGAUGCUUUGUCAGAUUCAACACUUUUGGAAGAGGUGGUAAAUGAUUUAAUAUUACUUAUUUCACAAAAUGGUAGAAGCACAGACAAGUAUGAUUCCCAUGUCAUAUUAGAAGUUCAACAGAUUGAAGGAGUGUAUUCUGCAUGCUCUCAACUUCCUGGUCAAUUAAAAAAGUUAUCGACUGAAGAAAUGCAACCCUUCAUAUUUUGGAGUCAGCUGCUAUGUGGAAAGCACCCAAAAUGGAAAUACUCUUCGGAUAGAUCUCUAAGAAACCGAAAAAGGGUUCAACAGACUGAUGAUUCCUUAAAUAAAUCUGAAUAUGAGAUUGAGGAAUCCGUGAGUAAACGUAAAAAGGUAUCAAAUAACAAUGUGAAAGUUGCUCAAGAGGAAAACUUUACACACAAGGAAAAGGAAGGUACUUCUAAAGCUCCGAAACAUACAUGUCAAAAUUCAACUAGUUUGGCUGCAUGUGAGGAUGAUUCAUACAUUGAGAAUCAUCUCUCCACCUCGUCUUUGAUAGCAAAUGAUAUCUUGAAAAUUCUUAAAUAUAAGUCAGUUGGAUUUGAUGAAAUAAGAAAGCUGACCGAUCUGCGAAAGAGUCUCCAUUGUCUUUUAAAGCCUGAAAUAUCACAAUUAUGCAAGAUUUUGAAACUUCCGGAGCAUGUCAAAGAUGAGGCUGAAAAGUUCUUUGAGUAUGUAAUGGAUAGUCAUCACAUCUUAACAGAACCAGCAACAACUACAUUACUCCAGGCUUUUCAGCUAUCUCUGUGCUGGAGUGCAGCUUCCAUGCUUGACCACAAAAUUGACUAUAAAGAAUCGUUGGCACUUGCGAAAGAGCAUCUUAAUUUUGAUUGCCAUAGACAGGAGGUCUACUUGCUUUAUUCAAGAUUAAGAUGUCUCAAGAAAAUAUUCUACAAACAUUUGAAGUGUUCCAAGGGUACUGAAUCCCCGUACAAUGUGUUGUCUGACGAUGAAUUCCAGAGAGCUGUAGUCAAAAGUAUUAAUAGGAUACAGAAAACUUGCCGCAAGAAAUUUAAAAAACUAAAGCAGAAGCAACAAGAGAAAAGAGAUGAAUUUGAUAAAACUUGCGAUGAAGAGAAAUCACAGCUAGACAGACAGUUUCGGAUGGAGUCGGUUGUUAUUCGUUCUUGUUUGCAUAAUAGUCUUUUGAUGAGAAAUAAUAAGCUUCAGGUAUUAGAAAACAGAUAUGCAAAAAAGCUUGAAGAGCACAGGUAUCAAAUGGAGAUACGGUGUAGGAAACUUGAGGAAGAGCAAAUUGAUGAAAGAAAUAAAAUGGUUGCGACAGAGGCUCAUUGGGUUGAUACAUUGACAUCCUGGCUCCAGGUUGAACUAUUAAACAAACAAAUUUUGAAUAAAACUAAGCAUUUCCAUUAUCUCAAGAAUGAUACAACUAUUUGUGAUCAUCUGCCAGAAGAGAUCUAUAGUAAAAUUGCUCAUAGUGUCUCAGGAACUAGGAAAGAAAUAUUUGAAAUCCCAGGAUCUGUUUUUUCCGAAGAUAUCAUUUGCAGUAAUACUGUUGAAGAAGGUUCUCUUCAAACGAGACAUAAUGGUGAGACUGCAGCUUUAGAUACCAUGGGUUCUCAAGGACCAUCUGCCAGUGAGUUUGUGGAUGACAACGGGAUAAAUAUCUCAAAUGGAAUUGAAGGUAAUGUAACUUCUGAAAACUCCUGCUCUGUAGAAAAACUGCCCGAACGAGUCAUAUUGGGCAAUCCAGACAAGGAGAUAUCUAUGAAAGGGCCUAAAAGUAGAUGUUCUGUCAGUGUUCACAUGGUCUCCCAUGUUGAUGAAGAGGUCCCUCAUAAGCUGACUGAAGCCGCUGGUCUUAUUGAAAGUUCAACGAGAGUUCUCACAAUACCUUUGCUGCCCUCUAUGGAGAGAGGGGGCAAUGUGGCCACAUUGAAUCCUGGGAUUGAAAUUUCAAACGCAACAUGUAGAAUUGGAAAUUCCGAGCCAUUUGUGGAUGCUCAUAGUAAUCUUGAGUCAUCUCCCCGGGAGUUGAAUUUGCCAGUCAAUGAGGUUGAAAGGUUAUCUGAGGUUGCUAAUUUAGUAGGUGUUAGGAAAAAUCUUUCUGCUAGUCAAUCUUCAUCUCGAGAAUCAAUUCCAAAUAAAUCAAUGGGAAGCACAUCUGAAAUAGAAUUUUCAUCGACGAUGACAGUGAGUGCUUCUUGUGAAGCAUUAGAGGUGGGUUGCAGCAACAGUCAGAAUGAUGGCGACAAUCAUAGGGAAUUGGUCAAUCCUUGUGUAGUAGAAGAUACAAUUGGUAAUACUGACCCCAAUGUCCAUUCUCAUGAGCCAUCUGUCACUUUAUCUCCUCUGGAUCUUGCUGUUACACCUACCACCCAAGGCAAUGUUUCUUUGUUGUUUAAUGAGGCAGCCCAUGAGGAAAUGAAUCAACAAUCUUCAUCUACUAGGUCUAUAGAUUACAUUAUGGAAGCUGUUGAAAUGGCCAUUGUUAAUGGGGACCCUGAAGCUCCAAUAUCAUAUGUUGCUGAUCAAUCUAAUCAGGAAGAAUGUGAGAACCUACAAUCUUCAUGCACUGGGUCCAUGGAGAACAAUAUGCAAGCUACUGAAAUGGUGAAUGCUAAUGAAGACACUGAGGCUCCAAUUACACAUGUUGCUGAUCAAUCUAAUCAGGAAGAGCAAGACGAAAUAAAUCUACAAUCUUCAUGUAUUGGGUCCAUGAAUGACAUUCGGCAAACUACUGCAAUGGUGAAUACUAAUGGGGACAAUGAAACUCCAAAUCCUUAUGUUGCCAGUCAAUCUAAUCAGGAAGCACAAAUUGUAGAGCCUCAAACACUAACGGUGCCACUAGCAACAAAUUCAUCUGUUGGUUUCUUUCAGGCUGAUUUAUCCUCUGCCGGUGGAAUGGAAAAUCAAAUCAAUUGUGAAGACUAUUCCUCUGAUCAGCUGGCUCAGACAGCAAGCCAACCAAUUGAAGACUCUAUUGAGCUCAUUGAAGAAGCUUUGUUGCAACCUGUGACAUGUACUGCACCACAUUCUAUUUUCAAUGCUGGCAUCAGUGAUACAAGAACGUCCUUUACAGACACAAGAAGCAUAUCGGGUAAUUUUGAUAUUAGCACUGGUCUGAUGCAACCAACGCAGCCUUCAGUGUCUCAAAUGCUUCCUUUAUCGUACGUUGAUCCACUGGAAAAGGAAUUGGAAAAAUUGCGCAAGGAAAUGGAACAUAACAAAGAUGUACAUGCAAAACAGAAGCUGCAGCUGAAAUCUGAACGUGAGAAGGAAAUUGAGGAGGUCAAUAAGAAAUACGACACUAAGGUCCAGGAGUCUGAGAUUGAAUUUGAUCUUAGAAAGAAGGACCUUGAUGUGAAUUACAACAAGGUUUUGAUGAAUAAGAUCUUGGCUGAGGCUUUCAGAUGGAAAUACAGCGAUACUAAGUCAUGGGAUAUUGUUCCAGUUCUUGGGCCACAGAUUUUUCAGCCAACUGUUAUGCCAAUUUUGCAAAGGCCUCCUUUGGUAGUCCGGCCAUCUUUCACUCCAUCCCUAGUCAGUUCGCAUACAUCCAAUGCACCUUCUGUUAAUAUACAGAGGACCUCAGCUGUGGCAAAUCUGUCGACGAACUCACCUGUCUCUAGCCAAGGUACAACUUCAACAUCAAUACAUGGUCACCACGCAUCCCCUCAUUUCUCGAGCAAUUCAAUGAGACCACUCCAUAUAGGCUCCAUCUCCUCUCCAACUGGAAACCCACAAGUUAGUAGUGUUAUUCGUGCGCCAGCUCCUCAUUUGCAACCCUUCAGACCUAAAUCAUCAAGUUUGCCACCUAAUCCUCGUGGCAUCACUAGUCAACAUGGACCCACCAUCCCUUCUGCGACCCCUCCCUCAUUUCCUCAUCAUCCACCUCGGCCUCCUGUCUCUUCACCAUUUCAAUCCAUUCCAUUAAACAGACCUUAUCGGCCUAAUAGUUUGGAACAGUUGCCUACACUUUCUAGUGCGCCCUUAUCUGCGUUAGACUUGCUGAUGGAUAUGAACAAUCGUGCUGGUGUGAAUUUUCCACACAAUUUUCCUCUACCGGAUGCAUCCUUGAAUACACACCAACCUAACCCACCAGUCAGUACAGGAAACAUGCAGGUUAAUGCAGUUAAUACUACUGGAGACUCGAAUGUCGUUUGCUUGUCAGACGACGACUAACCAGCCUGACAAAAAAAAAAGGUACAUUUCUGACUCUUGAAGCUCCUAGUAACGUAAGGGCAUAAGUAAGGUCUAAGGGGUGUGGGAGAGUGCAAAAUUUUAUAUUUGAAACCGUUGAAUAUUAUUGUAGAUAUACGUGGCUCUUAACUUCAAAUGUGUAUAAUGUAAGUAUCCAUUAGCCCAUAUCUACAAAGGUGGUGAUCUGGUUAUGAGUAUUAUUUGGCAGUUGAGAACAGAUUAGUUUCUCCUCAUUUCUUGUCUUCUCCUUUUCUUUUUUAUUUCUUUAGAAUUAUUUUGACUUGAUGUUAGACACAAACAAACGCAAGAUGUAUUACAUGGAAUGGGAAGGGAAUGAAAUUGAUUCACAAAGAGAUGCCAUACGGUAA